GAAGAGUAACAAAUGACAAGUUCUCAUUUCCCAUAUACUUGUGCUAUAUGGUUUAUGCUCCUCUUUACAUUGCUGGACCAAUCAUUAGCUUCAAUGCAUUUGCCUCGCAGUUGGAUUCUCCCCAGAACAUAUACUCAUCCCGAGAUAUUGCUUGGUAUGGAUUCCGAUGGGUUUUUUGUCUUUCACUAAUGGAAGUCAUGACACAGUUCUUUUACUAUAAUGCCUUUGCUAUUAGUGGUUUGUGGAAACAAUUGUCUCCAAUGGACAUCUUUAUCAUUGGAUAUGGUGUAAGUUCUGCUCUUAAUAUGCUUUGGUUCUCCUAAAACUGAAAGCAGUUCUACUUCUGUGAAUACCUACUUCUACUGUAUUCUAGCUGUUGAAAUUAGUCUUUGUAAUUGUGAAAUGUGGAAAAAUCUAAUUAACUUAUGAAGAGUU